AUGGAACGGCAGCCAGCGCUUGGCCACCAUGAGGGCGGCAUUGAAAUUUUGCAUAAUUGUGUGCUGGCCGAAACCAACUUCAGCCACCGGAAAUGGAAGAAAAUUUUCAUUGUUGUGGAAGUGAUCGGUUUUGUGCUAUGCAUCAUUUCACUUGGGAUCUGCAUUCUCGGGUUCAUUGGAGUUGCCGCCAGUGACAUCAAAAGGAGCAAGGGCUCGGAACCGACAGCUGACGAAGUCGCGAUCGCGAUCCUGGUGGCGUACACCCUUUGCGCCAUUGGGGAGGCCAUUUGCUGCGGCAUCGCCCUCCUUGGUGUCGGCACCAAAUCGCCGGCCCUGCUGUGGAUCUUCCUUUUCUUCAAGAUUUUCGACAUUAUCGGCUGGAUUUACAUCUUUAUCGGCGCGCCAAAGUGGCACCAUAAGGCGACAGCUGUCUUCUACGCCAUCUUUACGCUCCCCGAGGUCUUCCUGGCGUAUACGAAUCGAUUAUUCCUCCUCGUCGAAGUAAUCAGCUUUCUUGGCGCAGUGAGCCUGACUGGUGAUUUACUAUACAGGUUUGGCUGGGUAUAUCUGGCGGAAACGUUCAGCAAACAAGACCGCCUCUUGCUCGUGAUUUUCGCAGUCAUGGCCAUGUACGGAAACGCUAUUUUCGUAGUGAUGAAGCUCGUCGGGGUCUCCAAGAAGUACCCUGAGCCGCUGACCAUAUUUUUCGUUGUUGGGACAUUGCAAAUCUCCUUUUGGACGUGGUUGCUCAGCGAGGCGAAAUCGGAGUGGGGCUUCAGGACUUCCGUUUUCAACACCCUAAUAUUAUUCCCGGAGCUGCUGCUAACUGGUAUCAAUCUGAAAGCCAUGCUGGAAUGCCCGAGAUGCUAU